AUGGUUGGGCAGAACGUCAGCGUUUUUGGCGUUUCUCAAACAUCUCUCAUAUACUUUGAAUGUGAACUGCUACUGAUGCCGCCUAAAAAUGGAAUGUGCGACAUACCGACAUGCUUGGAUCAGAACUUGAAUCGGACAAGAAGGAGCUAUGAUAAUGAUUCUAGCAUCAGCGUCGACGUCCAGACGCAGCGCAUAGAGGUUUCAGAACUGGGUGUCAUCUCCGACGUUGAAGCGGAAGCAUCACACUCAGUGGAGCUGACUUGCCACGAGAAAACAUCGUAUCCCGUGCACGAGAUCUGUGUCCCUUUCAAUCCCUUUGUCAUAUUUUUGGCUGGGAUGAUAUCUGUAGGUUAUGGUUUUCAUCGCAUUCACAAUCGUAAUGAUCUCGCUGCAGCGGUACCGACAUUACUCGAUGUCGGAAACGAGGUGCUAGGCAAUUCCCCAACUUCUUUCAACGAAAAGCAUUAA